UCUAUGGAGUGUUAAGUGACGGAUUUAGAACAAAGAGUAAAUCGAAGUACCCAUGAAGACUAUUAAAAUAAUGAAAAACUGAUAAUUAAUAUAUUCAGAAUAGUAAUAAUUAAGUUUGCUGUUGUAAUUUCUUCCCCUGUAAAUGGACAGCUAUGACAAAUUUAAGCUAUUAUAUUGGCUUAAUCAGUCGUACCUUGUCAUAACCAGUUUAUAAAUAAAAUAGAAAAUCAGUAACCCCCAUCCGAAAAUUAUUUUGGCGUGUUCAACUGUCAUAUUGGCAUUUAUCAGUAAGUUUAAUAAUUUAAAAUGCAGAAAUUGUAUGGAAGGCAAACUCAAUUGUUACAAGGGAAUGCCGAAAAUAUGAAUCGUAUUUCUUCUGUUGCCCAAAACAAGAAGACAAGUGAUAUAAAUGUCUCCAGUGCCGAAAAUACUACUAACAAGCACAGUUUUAUAAAUUCAUCAUCUAUCCGUGGAAUGGCAUCAGAAGAUGAAUUGUUAAAAUACAUCAUGAAGGUCAAUAGUCCACCUGUAAAGGAAGAAACUUCUGAAUCAGAAAAGGAAAGAGGUUUAUUUGAAAAGUUCCUGAAAGAAGUCCGCAGUUUUAAGCCUGAACCUAUCAAGUACUGGUCUGGAUUACAGCACUAUGUAUAUUUUAUUUAUAGACACUUUUUAACAACAAAACCUUUAAAUGCAACUGAAAUUUAUCCCUCAGCAUUUACAAAGAAGAUUAGGGAACUUAUGGAAUUUUUGCUUCGAGAAGAUAGGACUCAGUUAUUUUUAAGACUGCUAGCUUUACUCAGAGAAUUUGCUUAUGUAGGAAAGGAAUGCUAUAAAAACAGCAAUAUUACAAAAAUACCAGCAAAUCUUGUUAGUUUAAUGGCAUAUUACAGUGCUUUUUGUUCAGCUGCUGAUAAGCUUUCACCAUUAGUACCAGAAAUUGAUAUUCUUUUAAUGGAUAGAUUUCAAGUUAAUUGGCUUUGCCUGAAUAAAAGUAUUUUUUAUCAUUAUAUUUACUUAGAUCCAUGUGUCCAAACAAAAUUGCCAGCAUUUGCAAAGUUACAAAGUGAAAACAAAAGUUUUCAUAAGAAAAUAAUAGAUUCCUAUGAAUGUUUUAAAGAAGAUAUGACACUGCUAGCAGCACGAUGGAAUAAUAUAAGGAUGUGCAUCAGUAUAUUAAGUAAGAAAAGCGCAUUAGAGAACCCAGCAGUCAAAUUAAUAACAGAUUACAUGACCUACCAAGAAGACACAAAAAUUUUAAAAAGCAAUUAUUGGAUUAUUCGUACUGAAAAACAGAAAAAGAUUCAAGAACCAACUGAAUUGGAUGCCCACAUUUUAGCUUUAGUAGGAAACCUAGGACAGAUGUCUGAUGCCAUAAUAGAUAAAAUAGGUCAUUGUGUAUGUGAUGAUUGCCUUUCAGACGAAUUUACAAAAGUUAUUUACGAUCUCGAACCCGACACCGAUCAAAAUGUCCGUCGUAUUUCAUGCUACAUAUGUCGCGAUAUUAUUCCAUUAGAAACAUUUGUCAAUCAUGUAGUGAUAAAACAUCAAGGGUGUCCUUCAUUUGGAGCAAAGAGUCAGGAUAGGAAGAUUAGAACUGCAAGAAGGUUGGCCAAAUUGGGGAAAACAAGAGAAGAAGGGGAAGGUGCUGAAGAUAUGGUAGAUUUUGAAGCUCGACGCGUAAAAGAAGAAGACGACAAAGACGAUAUUUCCAAUGCGAGUUUUGUAUUGGACGAAGCAGGAAUUAUGCAAAUGAUGCAUCUAACGUUGUGCCAUCAGUUGGCCCUAGACACGUCGUCGCAGCCCUCAGAAGAAUAUAAGCAACCUGCUCCUGGACAGAUCGUUACAGUGGAAGAGUUCGAUAAGCAGGCUGAGCGAUUGUUCAGCGAUUUUUUACGAAAACGUGCUGGUCUUACACAAAGUCAAGUAGUAGAAGUUUGCCGGAAGGGAGCUGAAAGAAUAGCCAAGAAAAAAGCGGCUGAAAAGAAAGAGAAAGAGAAAGAGAAGACUUCUUUGGAGAAUAAAGAAAAACCGGUAGAAGAAAAAGUAGUUAAGGACAAGAAAGCAGCCAAACUUGAGACAAUUGAAAAGAAAAUUGCCGCUAUAGCUGCACAAAGGAAAGUUGCAGUAAUGGCUGCAGCAGCUGCCGCAGAAAAGAAAGCUGCGGCGAAAGCAAUCGAAGAGAGGGCUGCAGAAAAGAAAAUGAUAGAAAAGAAGUUAUUAGAAAGGAAACCAGCUGAAGGAAGGGAAAAAGAUGGGAACAAGAAAGAUGUUCCGAAACAAGAAGUAUUGAAAAAUUCCGAAAAAAUUACAACGGAAAAUGUGAAAAAGGAACACAAUGUAGACGCAAAGAAAGAGGAGGUACCUCAAAAUCCAGUUGCCAAGAACCGAAAUUUAAGUACAGUUAUUAAAGAUCAGGCAGAUGUGAUUUCGGCAACUAACAAGAAACAAAACGUUUUGCCUACUGUAGCUAAAACAACAUGUUCUCAAACAUCACAAUGUAAUGGAAUAGUAAACAAAAAUAAUUAUCAGGAUGGUUUGUGCAAUCAUACAUGUAAUUCAAAAGAAGAAGUUGAUGGAGCAAAUUGUUGCGGUCACCACAAAGAAGUUUUGAAGAAAUGCGAUUGUCCUUAUUGCGAGAUAUUAGGAACGACAAUACCCACAGCACCUUGGCAAAAAACUAGCGAAACUAGAGAUAGACUUCGUACUCGUUUACAUCAGCGCAAAGAGAGGGAUUCAAAGGGUUCCAAUGUAGAUAAAUUAAAUGGAGGCCAAGUCAAGACCACAGCUGAAGAACACUUAUCUCCUCAGCUGUUGGAAGCUUCAAAAUUUUUGCAAAAUGACGGAGCUACUGCCUCAAAUGAUUUUAAAUUGGUUAAUUCGCGUGUUCCUAUAAUUCCAGACCACCUCAAUGCCAAUAAACCAGUGACAAACGGAGCUAACAGCCCCAAGAAUACUUGUACACAUCAGAAAGCAUCAAGAUAUCAAAAACAGUCGUUCAUUGACAGUGUAACAAAGUCCCUUAAUAAUAUAGAUACGGCAUUGCCUAUGCCUACCCCAUCAUGCUUAAAUACACAUCCAAAAGCUGUUGCUGAACAACAGUCAGUAAUAACUGGUUCCACCUCGUCCCUUUCAUCAAGCUCAUUAAAUUCCCUACAGGAUAACGGCGAUUCUAGAGAUAUAAACGAGUUACUAAAUUUUAUCGAGGGUAAUAAAAAGAAAGAUAAAAUUGCUCUUGCUGAAAAGAAAGCAGCUAAGAAAGCUAGACAAAAAAAGAAAAGAGAGGAUGAGAAAAAACGUCAAGAUUUAGAAGCUAAGCGUAAAGAAGAGGAAAGGUUAAGGGAAGAAAGGCGUAAAGAAGAAAAGAUAAAAGAAGAAAAACGAAAAUUAGAAAAACAAGCUUUAGAAUUAGCAAACCAAAAGAAACAUAUGUCAAAAUCUGCCCAGAAAAAAGAAAUGAAACUAGGUCUUCAUACUAGAGUAGAGCAGCAUAACGUUGCCAAUUCAAAUAUAAAAAAGAAGGAUAAAAAAGUAAAAGAUCGUAAGGAAAUCAAAAAACAAAUAGAGGAAAGUAUUCCGGCAAUGGUAACUAUAAAAAGGGUUCCUGAGAAUGGAUGUGCUACACCAACGGUAACAAUUACCUUGAAAGGAUCAACGCCGGAUCAGGACCGCCUUCUGUACACGCUUGUUAAUGGACAAACAAAAGAUUCUACAGCAGCCACAAUCAAAGCAGAAAAGAACGGAAAAAAGAGUAAGACACAAAUCAAAAUAAAACCGCAACACGUAGGCAAUGAUAAGAAGAAGAACGAAAGUAAGAAAUCCGCUAAAGAAAACAGAAGGGCUCCUCAUCAACAGAACGAAUUAAAAGUUACACUAUCCAUUGAAAAAAAUAAUGUACCAUCACCUUCAGCAGUCGAAGAAAACCCUAAAAAAACUCAAAAGUGUAAAAAACAACCAAAAAAGAAAAACGUAGCAAACAAUAAGAGCAAUGAAAAAGACGAGAAAUACGUGAAAAACACUAAAGCCCCUUUUAGUAAGACAAAUACUAACAACAAAUCUAGCGAAGGAAACCUAGAUUUACCAAUUUUGCGCCUGCCACCAGGUAUUACUAUCACUAAGAUCGAUGGUCCGGCUGUAAAUCGCAGUUUUAAAAAUGUUUCAAGCACCAUGGACACGACUCCGAAAUUUUCCUCUUCUAUUGGCUCGAGUGCUUCAGGAAAUAAAUCUGGCGUAAUCGUCGUUGAUACAGAAAAAUUAAUACAACAAUCAUUUUUAGUAAAUGAAAAAAAGAAAUUGAAAAAGAAAAAUAAAAAGGCAAACAAAAACGGUAAUGUAACAGCGUCGAUUAGUAGCUCCAAUGCCUUUCCGCCUACGUCUUCUGUAUCAGUAGAAGGCGCUCCGGGCCAUCCUAAAGAAAACGGUCCGUCAAUGGUAACGUUGAAAAAUCCUAUUUUCCAUUCUCUUCAAUCGGCACUGUCUAACAAAAGCGACAAAUUGGAAUUACAUGCUUUUCCGUCUAAUCAACAAGCGUCGAUUAUAAAAAAUGAAAAUGGAAUGGUAACCAUACGCAGUCCAAGGUUGCAACAGUUUGAAGGAGGAAGUUGUCUGUCUAGUAUUUUGUCUGAUUUGAAACCGGUCAUGGAGACGUCUGAUAAUACUGUUUCCACUUCGUCUUCUUCUUGCUGGAAGCAACAUAAUGACGAUAACGAAAAAAAGUCACCAUUUAAUGCCCAAGCGAUUCUUUCAGGGUUACCUGGCAUUCAAAUUACGAAAAUCGACAAAAACAGUAUUAAAACUGAUUAUGAAUUAAGGAAAAAUAACAAUAACCAACUGGCAGACGUUUCAAUUAUUCCAACGGGUAAUAACAAACUAGCAACGAACGUCAAUAAAACUAGUGUCCCACUUUCUGAUAUAGUACAGCAGGACAGAGCAGACUGGUAUGAUAAUGUUUUUACUCCUAGAGAGGUUUUAGAAGAAGAUUUAGACGCUGCGGAACGUGACAUUGAGGCUUUUAAACGGUUUUGUCAUCAAACUGUUGUUCCUGAGCAUAAAGAGAAAGUUGCUCAUUUAAAUGUUCAGGAUAUAGUGUUCAAAAAAAAAUCUGACCUGUCAUUUUUCUCUUAACGUGGUCCCUAAUACACCUACGUGUAUACCUGUAUAUGUGUAUGUGUUGCUUGUUGUCACCUGUCCCCUAAUAAGAGGAGGAUUUAUCAAUGGAAUAUUUCCACUUUUGAUUAAUUAAUUAAUUAAUUAUUUUGGAACUUAUUCGUGAUGGAUGCAUUAAUUUUUUUUCUGAUUCAGAAGUUAUUGUACAUACAAGUAAUGCAUUCCAAACAAACGUACGAGUGAAACUUAUUUUUUAUCUUAUAUUAAGCUUUUUAUUUAAUUGGUCUUUAUACGUAUACAAUUUUGUUUUUAUUUUAUAACAUUUUAACUCUGACACUUCUUUAUUUUACUGUAGAGCAUUUUACUUAAGUUUAUUAUAUUGAUUUAAUAAAAUAACUUA